GAUGCUGACUAAUUUAUGAAUGACAGCCGUUAUAUUAGCAUACAUUAUUUGCAACGUAACUUACAGUAGAAUGCGUGGCGAGCGCGUUCGCCUAUUGAAUCGAGCACAGGACUGACUGACAGGCUGGGGGAGCCCUCAAGCUGGUCCGCUGCGGCGGCGGUGAACCCGAUGGGCUGGAUGUUCACUUCUGUCAAAGAGAACACGUUUCAUUCUGCACCAACUCGGCUCUCCUGAGCAGCUCUUUAAAUAGACUUCUGCACAGCUGGACCGAUCGGGCAGCAACUGACAGGAGCGACUUGACUCGGAGCACACCAUGGAACUGUUUUCAGCUAGACUGUUAUGUCGGCUGCUCUUGUUCUAGCCUGACGUCGAAAAAAAAAAGAUGACAACAUACAAAGAGUAAAAUAAUAAUAAACGACCACAGUCUGGCUGACUAGAGCCAGAGGCGGAGAACUGUCCCGCGUGCUGAAAUGCAAUGCUGGGUGAUGUCGGCUUCGGCUCGGUCUCGCAGUCCUUUAACACGCUUGUAACACGCGAAGACAGCGGAGCGGACUGUCAAAGGGGAGCUAAGCACCUACGAACACAUCUCCGAAUAAAUGGGAUUGUACAUUUUCGAAGAAGAAUGUAAAGAUUGUUCAAAGGAUGGAGGCUUUUUUCAUCUCUACUGUAGCGCUAAUUCUGAGCUGUUUAGGUGUCUGGCAGAUUGAAGCGGACAGACCACCUGCACCUGUCAAUGUAACAAUCAAGUCUCUAAAGUCUAACUCGGCUGUGGUGACAUGGGAUGUACCGGACGGAGAUGUUGUCAUCGGAUUUGCAAUCACACAGCAGAAGAAAGACGUCCGCAUGCUCAGGUUCAUCCAGGAAGUCAAUACCACCACCCGCUCCUGUGCACUGUGGGAUUUGGAAGAUGACACCGAAUAUAUUGUCCAGGUGCAGUCCAUCAGCCUGAGUGGACCUAGUCCUGCCAGUGAGCCUGUCCUCUUCAAGACCCCAAAAGAAGCUGAAAAGUUGGCUUCCAAAAGCAAAGAUGAGGUGACAAUGAAGGAGGUUGGAAAGAGCACACAGCUGAGAGCAGGCGAAAUGAUCAUCAUCGUUGUUGUCUUAAUAAUGUGGGCAGGUGUGAUUGCCCUUUUCUGUAGGCAAUAUGACAUCAUCAAAGACAAUGAACCAAAUAACAACAAGGAUAAAGCCAAGAAUUCAUCUGAAUGCAGCACACCUGAGCACCCAACUGGUGGGCUCCUAAGGAGCAAAGUGUAAAAGACAUCAUGCAAGUGCAGGUA